AUGUCGACCUCGUCCGCCAAAGCCGUCCGACAGGGCACCAUUGCGAGUCGGGAAAGCACCCCAGCUGCGCCAGGUCAGAGUGAAGGUGCUCUGGCCCGUGCAGGAGCGGCCCGCCGCACCCAGCAAAAAGCAGACGCACCAGCAAACCGUUGCUGGACCGAAGGCCCUCUCCUACCUGGGCCCGCAGACAGUAGUGCUCGAGGUCGGGCCUCCCCCGCUGGAGGCCGCUGCGAUGGGCUGGCCCCCUACUGCGGUCUCAGGUACCUGCUGGGGGAACUCUAUGUAAGAAUCACCGAAGCUGUGGGGAGGGUGGAACCUGCCGACGAGUUGGUCCCAAGAGGGGCUUCCUGUAGACCAAAUGGAACUACCAGUUCAAAACAAUUGUCCCUCAAGGCUCAUUCAAGAACGUCGGCCCUCAGUUCUCGACCUGAUCCGUUCGGCAGCCCCUUCUCGCCCGCACCCUGGGUCGCUGCAAUCGCCAGUUCAUCCUCUCCCCCGGCACGCUCUUCGGCCCCACUGAUCCCCAUAACGACACCACCUCUAAAGCUGUUUUCAAAAUCAAAGGAGUGCAGCCGAGAACUGUGUACGGCGGCCCUGGCAAGCCAGACGGCAGUACAGACCCCAACGCGUACAGCAGUUACGACAGUUCGAGCUGGGAGCCGUGGUGUGUCCGGCUCGGCCAGCCCAUCGCCAACCCCCCCGCACCCUCGACACACCCUGGCGCGCCCGCCCGUACCUUACCCGGAAAUCGAUCUACUUCAAAAUGAAGGCCAAGUACCUGCACGAGCAUCGCUGAGCGAGUCGCUGACCCUCAUCCGGCCAUGCUGGGGGAGGGUGUGUGGUCGGCAAGAAGAACGUGCCCCUCCAGGAAUCAUAUCCCGCAACAAGUCCGCACUGGUUCGGGGAGCGUCCAAGGGGCGCGCUGCGCUUCGAAACCGCCCUCAAGCACGAGAGCUUCGGAGCGAUGAAGACGGCCUACCCUUGCGUGUACCUGAGCAAGCGCCUAAGCCGCACCCUGUAGAAUCUGCAAAAUUGUAG